ACAGGUGAUUCAAAUGAGGACACGGGACUCUUUUUUCUUAAAAAGUAUGCAUAGCUUUAGGGCGGAGAGGAACUAGUCACUGAUACCAUGCCUGUGUAGCCUGGCUGUCUAUUUUCUGCCUUUUUAACCAAACCUUCGCCUGAAAUCAGGGCAGACAAGAGAGACCCUAUUAUCGGUAAUCAAACACCUGCGGUCCGCCUCACUUUUGGACAAACCAGUUCGACGUCUCUCCGUGAUGAAAAGGAAGUGAAAAACGGUGUCGUUCCACUUUUAAGACAAGUUUAGUCGUCGGUUGUUGUUUUGAAACCCUGCAUUUUUUUUCAGUCUCAACUCUAAGCAUGUAUAUGUUUAAAAGAGACAAAGGCUCAGCUACAUCUCCAGCUGCUCCUCCUCGACCCAGCAAGGAGGAACUAGACAACCCUACCAAACACAGCCUGAGCCGGCCGGAUGCAGAAGUGCUUGAAGCCUCGCAGGAAAACAACAGCGAGGUCACAAGUGAACUAAACCCAAAAACAAAGAGGAGUGGUGUGAUGGGAGUUAUGAACAAGGUUAACCCGUUCAAGUAUACAUCACAGGCCCCCUCCACUGUCAGCAAAGCUCCUUCAUCAGAAUCACUAGAACAAGGACCAGACUCCACACAGAAUCCUGGGAUGCUGAGAGGAGUCAUGCAGAAGGUCAAUCCAUUCAAGUCUACUUCGCAGGUCCCUAAAGCUCCAUCCUCUGAGUCACUGGAACAGGGAAAGGUCUCAGAAUCUAAACAGAAUCCUAAUAUGUUCAAAGAAAUGAUGCAGAAAGCCAACCCAUACAAGCCCUUACCACUGGAGGUGGCAAAUGAGCAAAAUAAAUCUGCAGAUCGACAAGAGACGACAAAAGAAACUGAAGUCAAAGAGAACCCAGGGACAUUUGCAGGAAUGAUGCAGAAGGUUAACCCAUUCAAAUCCUCACAGCCAAAGCCUCUCAACAAUGAACUCUCCUCCAGCAGUGGAAGCUUGACAGACAAUAACAACGUGCCAGAGAAGCAGAACCCUGGUAUGUUUAAAGACAUGAUGCAGAAAGUGAACCCCUUCAAACCCUUUGCACAGCAGGCGCCAAAAAGCGAUCCUCAGAGUGACUCUGCAGAUCCACCAGAGAUCAGGAUAGAACCUGAAGCUAAAGAGAAUCCAGGGAAGUUUUCAGGAAUGAUGCAGAAGGUCAACCCAUUCAAGUCCACUGCACCAAAGGACUCUCAGCCUCUGAACAAUGAACUCUCCUCCAGCACUGGAAGCUUAACAGACAAUAACAACAUGCCAGAGAAGCAGAAUUCAGGAGCGUUUGCAGGAAUGAUACAGAAAGUCAACCCAUUCAAAUCUUCUCAGCCAAAGGACCCCCAGCCUCUCAACAAUGAACUCUCCUCCAGCAGUGGAAACUUAACAGACAAUAACAACGUGCCAGAGAAGCAGAACCCUGGGAUGUUCAAAGGGAUGAUGCAGAGAGUAAACCCCUUUAGGUCUUACACACAGAUGCAAGAAGAGGAAUGUGAAACUGACUCUGUGGCUCCAAAAACAGAUUCCUCAUCAAAGACGCAGGAACCCAAAACCUUGCAAAAAGAGCUGUCCACCAGCACUGAAAGCUUGGAUGACAGCACCAUUGAGAGACAUUCUAUUUGGUACACUGACUCUGAUGCCAGCUCUGAGGUGAAAAGUCAGCCAACAGAAGUGCCAAAGAAAAGAACAAUGACUUUCAGAAUAAAGAGAAUUCUACCAAGUGCCUUGUUUGGGUCUGGAGCAAAGGAACCAGACUCUGCAUCACCUGACUCUCAGGAACCGACCCAGGAGGCAGCAGUGGAAGUUCAGACGCUAGAGUUGGCAGAAAUCCCAGUACCCAGUGAAGGAACUGUUGUGGACCCUUUAGAUGAUGAGGAAGGCCUUGUAGCAUGGUGGAGAACGGUAGAGGGAUGGGACGAGUGGAAUCAAGCAAACCAGGAUGAUGAUGCUGAAGAAGUGGUGGAACAAGCAGCUGAUCGUGUCUUCAUGGCAGCUCGUCUGUUCGUCCGCUUCUUCAACCAACGUGGCGCUUCUCUCCAGCAGCGCAUCUUGGAGCUGCUGUCUUUGGCGGAUGCAGCAGACGCUUUCCAUAAGAAGACGGUCUCAGCCAGCGUCGGUGGCGGUGUGGCCAGCGUCGCGGGGUCCAUCACCACCAUCACAGGCCUUAUUCUGGCACCUUUCACAGCAGGAACAUCACUCAUUGUCACAGCCGUAGGCAUCGGUGUAGCUACAGCAGGUGGAGUGACAUCUGCAUCUGCAAACAUCACAGACACGGUGCAUUCAAAGACUGACAGGAAGAAGGUAGAGAAGAUGAUCCAAGACUAUGAGGAAGAGAUGAGGGAUAUCAAAGAGUGCCUGGAGUUUUUACAGGAGGGAAUGGAAACACUUGAGGAGUGGAACUUUGAGCAAUACGCUGAGAGCAUCUCAAAGAAGCACCUCAACCAGAACGUCAAACACGUGAUGAAGGAAGGUGGCCGGGCUGGUAAGGCUCUAGUAAUCAACACAGAGAGCCUGAUCAGCACUGUUCAGGUCCUUGGAGCUGCAGGGAGCGCUGCAAAAGCUGCUCAGGUGAUGAGUGUCACAACUGGUGUCAUGUCCGGGCUCUUUCUCGCUCUGGAUGUCUUUUUUCUGGCCAAGGAUUCUGUAGAGCUCAAAAAGGGAGCCAAAACGGAGUUUGCUGCUAAAAUCCGAGAAGUUUGUAAGGACCUGCAGGAUGGGCUUCUGGAGCUAAAUCGCAUCAAAGAGGAGCUGCAAAGAACCAUGGAUGGUGUGGAGGUGGAGAUACAGGAGGAGGAGGAGGAUGAGGAGACGUUGAAGUCUGACCUGAAGAAACUAAUUGAACUUAAAGAAUGAAUGACAAUUAGAAAGCCAAGCCAAAGCCGCACUGUUUAACUCAAAACACUACAUCUCAAAAAUGAAGUUUUAACAAAAAUUAAUUACUGUAUAUUUUUCUGCCAGAAGCAAUUUUAUAAAUAGUAAUAUAUAUUAUUUAAAGUAGUAAUUUUAAUUACAUGUGGUAAAAGCAAAAGUAGUGGAAUUAUUGUCAUGUUUCCUAGCAAUAAAGUGGUUUUAUGAUUA